AUGUCAAUUGCUGGAAAUCUUAAAUUAAUUAAUCAUGAAUUGAAUAAUCCACAAAUUAUAAUGUGGAACUCAACUUAUCUUCAUCUCCAUUAUAAUUACACAUAUAGACCAAAUUUUGAAAUUCUUAAUCCAACAGGUAACUUGAAAUGUUUUGACACAAUAUCACUUUAUGACAAGUCAAACAUUGACACAUCAUCUGAUUUAAAUCAUAUCCACUCUUACAUGUUUAACUAUUCAUACAAUUUCACAGAUGGUAAGGGCUAUUUAAUAUCAAACAAAAAGUUGUUGAGAUUUUUCCCAAAUAAUAUCCUACUUAACAAAGAUGUUAUUUGCACUUUAAAGAAAAUAUAUUAUACACCAAACUCACCAACUAACAUGGAGGGCGCUUUUGAUUAUCCACAUUGUCCUUGUAAUGACGAUGUUGAUGUGAAUUGUGAACUUAAAUUUACAAAUGAAGUUGGCGAAUUCAAUAUGCUCAGUAAUACACUAAAAAAUACCGAAUUGUUAGUUGAAAGAAAUAUUACAAUAAGUAACUUAAAAAAAUGUUAA